AUGCCUUCAAAACUUACUUGUAUAUUAUACCUCGAACCUACACACUCUUCCCAAUUUUAUCAAAGUAUUUUAAAAUUUUAUGAUCAAUCUUUAAAAUUAUUCGGUCCAAAUAAUGCUCAUCAAUAUGAUCCACAUAUUUCCAUGACUGGUUUUUUUACUUUAUAUGACAAUCAAAGAAUUAUUAAUGGUAAUAUUGAUGCAGAUUAUGAAAAUUCAAAAGAAUAUAUAUCUGCUUAUAAAAAACUUGAUCAAAUAAUUCAAUUUAUAAAUAAUUUUCUUAAUAAUAAUCAUAAUAUUACCUAUCCACUCGUUAAAGAUAUCAUUAUUUCAAUGUCUAAUUCUCUUUUAAUUUCUGUACAAGUAUGUCAAGAAAUGCUUGAUCUUGUAAAUCAAUUAUCUCAAUUAUCUUUUGAUGAAUCAAACUCAAAUGUAUUAUUAGAUAAUAGUACUAAAACUAUUAUUCGCCCAAAACAAAUUAAUCAUUUUUCUUUGGCUUAUAGUGAUGGUCUUUUGUCAAAGAAUACAAUGAAGAAUUUAGAAAGUAUGGCGAAUAAAAUUAUUGUAUUUGAUGAGGUGAAACAACAAGAAUGUGGUUGGGAUAUUGUUCUUUAUGAAAAAAUUCAUCAUAGUACUAAAUUAGAAGAAAAACACGUUCUUAAAGAAAUUAAAAGAUAA